AUGGAGCGCUGGCCUUGGCCGUCGGGCGGCGCAUGGCUGCUGGUGGCCGCCCGCGCGCUGCUGCAGCUGCUGCGCGCAGACCUGCGUCUGGGUCGCCCGCUACUGGCCGCGCUGGCGCUGCUGGCAGGGCUGGACUGGCUGUGCCAACGCCUGCUGCCCCCGCCGGCCGCACUCGUGGUGCUGGCUGCUGCCGGUUGGAUCGCCUUGUCCCGCCUGGCGCGCCCUCCUCGCCUGCCGGUAGCCACUCGCGCGGUGCUCAUCACCGGUUGUGACACUGGUUUUGGCAAGGAGACAGCCAAGAAACUAGAUGCCAUGGGCUUCACAGUGUUGGCCACUGUGUUGGAGUUGACUAGCCCUGGUGCCCAGGAGCUACAUGCCUGCUGUUCACCUCGCCUGAAGCUGCUGCAGAUGGACCUGACCAAGCCAGAGGACAUCAGCCGAGUGCUGGAGUUCACCAAAGCACACACCACCAGCACUGGCCUGUGGGGCCUGGUUAACAAUGCUGGUCUCAACGAUGUAGUGGCAGAUGUGGAGCUGUCUCCAGUGGCAACUUUCCGUAACUGCAUGGAGGUGAACUUCUUUGGUGUACUUGAGCUGACCAAGGGCCUCCUGCCACUCCUGCGUCACUCAAGGGGACGCAUUGUGACUGUGGGUAGCCCAGCAGGAGACAUGCCAUAUCCGUGCUUGGCAGCUUAUGGAACUUCCAAAGCAGCCAUAGCACUGCUUAUGGACACAUUCAGUUGUGAACUGCUUCCCUGGGGGAUCAAGGUCAGCAUCAUCCAGCCUGGCUGCUUCAAAACAGAGUCAGUGACAAAUGUGAAGCACUGGGAGAAGCGCAAGCAGUUGCUGCUGGCCAAUCUGCCUAGAGAGCUGCUGCAGGCCUAUGGUGAAGACUACAUCGAGCAUUUGCAUGGGCAGUUCCUGCAUUCUCUUAGAAUGGCGCUCCCUGACCUCAGCCCAGUUGUAGAUGCAAUCAUUGAUGCGCUGCUGGCAGCUCGACCACGCCGUCGCUAUUACCCGGGCCGUGGCCUGGGGCUCAUGUAUUUCAUUCACUACUACCUGCCAGAGGGCCUGCGGCGCCGCUUCCUGCAGAACUUCUUCAUCAGUCACUGUCUUCCCAGAGCACUGCGGCCUGGCCAAGCUGGCCCCUCUCCUACUCAGGACAUACCCCAGGACCCAAACCCUUCUCCAGUGGUGGCUCGGUGAGCCAUGUGCACAAAUGGCCUAGCUGUUCCAGCACAGGAGGCUCCAUGAGCUCUUUCUUGGUCCUCUCACCUGGCCAUUAUGAAACCCUCAACCGUGUUCCUAAAGUCUGUCUUAAAUAACUCCACUGAUGAUACCUAGUCCAGGCCUGAGACUGAAGUUUGCCAGGGAGCCUCUGGACCCCGCCACUGCUUCAAGAGCCCACAGAGACCCUAUUGGGCACAAUGCUCCAUGCUGCAGCUUAGAAAACCCAGCUGGAUGGAGUUUAGUUCGUUUAUCCAUAUGUAGCCUUUGACAGGACUCUACAGACAGUUUCUCUACAAACUCAGUGUGACUGGGCAGGUGGGGACUGCCUCAGCACUAGUGCCUCAGUGCUGCAAGUCCAGAGAAAAUCCCAACUGCCUCUUGACUGCCUCCAACCACCUACCCCCAAGCCACAGGGAAGCUGCAUCUUACACUUGCCCGAUAGUUGCUUUUUUUCCCCCUCCUUUUUUGGUCUUUUUGCAACAUGGUCUCCCUGUAGCCCCAGCUAGCCUGGAACACACU